CUAACCGAGAAAUCUCACGAUCGUUUGGAGAAUACCUUCAUAUAGGACGUAAAAUGGCAUCAUCUACUACCCCGACUGAGACUAAAUGCGAUGUGCUCAUAGUCGGCGCCGGACCUGCUGGCUUGAUGCUAGCAACAUGGAUGGCUCAUUGCGGGAUCAAUGCUCGAAUCGUGGAUAAAAGAAGUACCAAGAUCUUCUCUGGACAGGCUGAUGGAUUGCAAAUGCGGAGUCUGGAAAUUCUAGACAGCUUCGGUAUCGCAGAUCGAGCUAUGAAGGAGGCAAACCACAUGAUGGAGAUGUGUAUGUGGAACCCUGGCGAGGAUGGUAAGAUUCGGCGAUCAGAUCGCGUUCCGGACAUGCCUGUUGGGAUUUCUAGAUUCUUGCAAAUUGUCCUUCAUCAAGGGCGUAUAGAGCGCUUCUUCCUGGACAACAUCAAGAAAUACUCGAAAGAUACUCUGCACGUUGAGCGUGCCGUGCUUCCUGAAUCUCUCGAUAUCGCCGAAGACCUGUGUGAAGAUCACUCUGCGGAUACAUAUCCCCUGACGGUAAAGCUGAGAUAUCUGACAGAGGAAGAAGCGACACCAGCGCAGAGCAAUGGAAGCACUGUUCAAGAUGGUCUGUUUAGAAGCAAUAUGGCCGAGGACGACACCGACGACCUCAUCAGGAAGAGCAGAGAGAAGCAGGGCACCACAGAGAUCGUAAAAGCAAAAUACAUGGUCGGUUGUGACGGAGCACAUUCGUGGACGAGAAGACAGUUGGGGUUCCAACUAGAAGGAGAGCCCACGGACUACAUAUGGGGCGUUCUGGAUAUCGUCCCUAUUACGGAUUUUCCCGACAUCCGUAUGCGAUGUGCAGUCCAUAGCGCUUCUUCAGGCUCCAUGAUGGUCAUACCCCGAGAGAACAAACUCGUCCGCCUCUACAUCCAACUCACAGAAAUCAAACCAGAUGCCAGUGGAAGAGCCGACCGAUCCAAAAUAACCCCUUCCACCAUCAUCUCAGCCGCCCAAAAGAUCAUAUCUCCUUACAAUCUCACGUACGAGUACUGCGACUGGUUCACAGCGUACCAAAUAGGACAGCGUGUGGGGACCAACUUCGAUUACAAGAACCGUGUAUUCCUCGCAGGCGACGCAGUCCACACGCAUUCACCCAAAGCAGGCCAAGGCAUGAACGUCAGCAUGCAAGAUGCCUACAAUCUCGGCUGGAAACUCGGCCUCGUAGUCAAGGGUAUCGCACAGCCAUCCAUCCUGCAAACCUACCAAACCGAGCGCCGAAAAAUCGCCCAAGACCUCAUCGACUUUGACCAUCGCUUCUCACGCCUCUUCUCAGGCCGCCCCGCAAAGGACGUCCUUGACGAAUCAGGCGUCAGCAUGAAAGAAUUCAAAGAAGCCUUUCUAAAAGGAAACCUCUUCGCUUCAGGCUUAUCCGUCGACUACGGCGCAAGCCAGCUCGUCGCCAAACCCACAGACAAUAUAACGAACGGCAACACCGACACAGAGCAAGUCACCACGAAAGAAGACCUCUCGACCAUCAAACUAGGCAUGCGCUUCCCCUCGCAUCAAGUCCUGAACCAAUCCUCCGCUCUCCCCGUUCCCUUUCAAUCCCGCCUCAAAUCAGACGGCCGUUUCCGCAUCAUCGUUUUCGCUGGCAACGUCGUUUCAUCGCCUCAAUCCGCUGUUCUCCGCUCCUUCACUGACAAGCUCGCCGCUUCUUCCUUCCUGAAGAAGUAUCUAUACUCCGCUAUAGACAUCUUGACAUGCCACUCCGCACCGCGAAGAGACGUAGAGCUGCUCCGCGAUUUCCCAGACGUGUUGCACCCAUUCGACCCGAAACUUGGAUGGGACUAUGAGGGUGUGUAUGUGGACGAUGAGAGUUAUCAUGAGGGGUAUGGCGAUGCGUAUAAGAAGUAUAAUGUGAAUAGGGAGAAGGGCUGUGUGGUUGUCACGAGGCCGGAUCAGUAUGUGGGGUUUGUGGGGCCUUUGGAUGGAAACGAGGCUUGGGACAAAGUUGAGACGUAUUUCAAGGGGAUUUUGGUGGGGGAGUAG